AUUAUUUUUUAACUAAUAAUUAUUUUCCCAUGUCACAGGGGACCCGCAACACGUCUGGCGCGGCCAAUUACCACGCCAGCAACGACCUUGUCGACCUUGUUGACCUGGACAGCAUGGACGACCCGUUCAGCGACCCGGCGCCACGGCCCGCCGAAUCUGCCGCCGCGUUUGCCAACGUGGCAAACGACUACGACGCGGCCGGGCCUUUGCACGACAACCCGUUCGACUCGGACGUUCUGAGCGACUACGACAGCGACAAUUACGGCCCGCCAAGCUCCAGCGGCCGCCUGCGCUCCAUGGUGGGUCAUAUACGAAGCAAAAUGGGAAGAACGGCGUACGACAACGUGGACGACUCGCACGAGCCGUCGCGCAGCACGCCAGCCCCAGAAACAGCCACGGACACCUUCAACGUGUUUGACAUCCGCAGGUUCUUCCGCAAGCACAGCAGCACCGACGAUACGAGCCCGCGGACGAUCUACAUCAACGAUCCGCAGACAAACGCACGGCUCGGCUACUACGACAACCACAUCAGCACCACCAAGUACAACUUCGUCACGUUUGUGCCCAAGUUUCUGUUUGAGCAGUUUUCCAAGUACGCAAACCUGUUUUUCCUGUUCACGUCGGUGAUCCAGCAGGUCCCGUCGGUGUCUCCGACCAACAGAUACACCACGAUCGGCACGCUGAUGGUGGUGUUGCUGGUUUCCGCCGUUAAGGAGAUUACGGAGGAUAUCAAGCGAAACUCGUCCGACAACGAGCUGAACCGGUCCAAGAUAGAGGUGUUGGACAUCAAGACGGGGCAGUACGUGAUGAAAAAAUGGAUCAACGUCAGGGUCGGCGACAUUGUCAAGGUGAACAGCGAGGAGCCGUUUCCGGCGGACCUGAUUUUGCUGAGCUCGUCCGAGCCGGAAGGGCUGUGCUACAUCGAGACGGCGAACCUGGACGGCGAAACCAACCUGAAAAUCAAGCAGUCUCGCGAGGAGACUGCCGGGCUGAUGUCGCCGCAGCAGCUGGUCCAGUGCCAGGGGAAAAUCCUGAGCGAGCGGCCCAACAGCAGUCUGUACACGUACGAGGGUACGCUGUACCUGAACGGGCGCGAGAUCCCGCUGAGCCCAGACCAGCUGCUUCUGCGCGGCGCCAAUCUGCGCAACACGGUUUGGAUCCAGGGAAUUGUGGUUUUCACGGGCCACGAGACAAAGCUGAUGCGCAACGCGACCGCGGCGCCGAUCAAAAAGACCGACGUCGAGCGCAUCAUCAAUCUGCAAGUGAUCGCGCUGUUUGGCAUUCUGCUGGUGUUGGCGGUGGUUUCGUCGCUCGGCGACAUUCUCAACAUUGCGUUCAUGAAAAACCAUCUGGGCUACCUCUAUUUGGAAGGCACGAGCAAAGUGAAGCUGUUUUUCGCCGACAUCUUGACGUACUGGGUGCUUUUCUCGAACCUCGUCCCGAUCUCGCUGUUUGUCACCGUCGAGAUCAUCAAAUAUUACCAGGCAUAUCUCAUAGCUUCGGAUCUCGACAUGUACUACGAGCCGACCGACUCGCCAACAGUGGUUCGCACGUCGUCGCUUGUCGAGGAGCUUGGUCAGAUCGAGUACAUUUUCAGCGACAAAACGGGCACGUUGACCAGAAACAUCAUGGAGUUCAAGACCUGUUCCAUCGGCGGCCGGUGCUACAUCGGCCAGAUCCCGGAGGACGGCCAAGCCAGCGUCCAGGGCGGCAUUGAGAUCGGCUACCAUACGUUCGAGCAGCUGCAGAUCGACCGCAAACAGCACAGAAACAGAAAAGUCAUCGACGAGUUUCUGACUCUGCUGGCUGCGUGCCACACGGUGAUUCCGGAAAUCAAAGGCGACGGCAUCAAGUACCAGGCCGCGUCGCCCGACGAGGGAGCUUUGGUCGAAGGUGCGGCCAUGCUGGGCUAUAAAUUCACCGUGCGCAAGCCGUCGAGCAUUAGCCUGGAGGUGGACGGCCAGGAGCUCACGUACGAGCUGCUCAACAUCUGCGAGUUCAACUCGUCAAGAAAAAGAAUGAGCGCCAUUUUCAGGUGUCCGGACGGCAAGAUCAGGCUGUACGUGAAGGGCGCAGACUCGGUGAUUUUUGCGCGGCUGGCGGAAAACAACGAGUUUGUCGAAGCCACCACAAAGCAUCUGGAGGAGUUUGCCGUCGAAGGUCUGCGGACGCUGUGUAUUGCCGCAAGAGUGGUUCCGGAACAGGAGUACCAGGAAUGGAGCCAGAUCUACAACAGGGCGUCGACGAGUCUGGAGAACCGGUCUGAGAAGCUGGACAGUGCUGCGGAACUGAUAGAAAAAGACCUGUUUCUGCUGGGCGCGACCGCCAUCGAGGACAAGCUGCAGGACGGCGUUCCGGAGACGAUCCAGGUUUUACAGGAGGCCGGCAUCAAGGUGUGGGUGUUGACGGGCGACCGUCAGGAGACGGCCAUAAACAUUGGAAUGAGCUGCAAAUUGCUGAGCGAGGACAUGAACCUGCUCAUUGUGAACGAGGAGAGCAAACGGGACACGAAACAGAACUUGCUCGACAAAGUGGAGAUUCUGCGCAGCAACCAGCUGUCGCAGGACGACAUCAACACGCUGGCGCUCGUGAUCGACGGCAAGUCGCUGGGCUUUGCUCUGGAGGCCGAUCUUGAGGACCUGCUGCUGGAAAUCGCUGUUCUCUGCAAGGCGGUGAUCUGCUGCCGUGUGUCGCCGUUGCAGAAAGCGCUUGUGGUGCGGCUCGUGAAGCGCAAGAAGCGUGCGCUGCUUCUGGCGGUCGGAGACGGUGCCAACGACGUGUCGAUGAUCCAGGCCGCGCACGUUGGCGUCGGCAUCAGCGGCAUGGAAGGCAUGCAGGCCGCGCGCAGCGCAGACUUUGCGAUCGGCCAGUUCAAGUACCUAAAGAAGCUGCUGCUAGUCCACGGCUCGUGGUCGUACCAGCGACUCUCGCUGGCGAUUCUGUACUCAUUCUACAAGAAUAUUGUGUUCUACAUGACACAGUUCUGGUACGUUUUCAGCAACGGGUUCAGCGGCCAGUCGAUGGUGGAGUCGUGGACCCUCACGCUGUACAACGUGAUAUUCCUUGUGCUUCCGCCGCUCGUGAUCGGUAUCUUCGACCAGUACAUCACAGCCAACAUGUUGAACCAGUAUCCGCAGCUCUACAAGAUCGGCCAGGCGGGCCAUUUCUUCAACGUGGAGAUUUUCUGGUCGUGGGCAGUUAACGGCUUCUACCACAGUGCCAUCAUUUACAUUGCGCUCAUCAAUAUUUUCAAGUACGGCAACCAGCUCGCCGACGGCACCACGAUGGACCACUGGGGGUUCGGCAUUGCCAUCUACACGACCUGUUUGGUGACUGCUCUGGGCAAGGCCGCACUUAUUUCGUCGCAAUGGACCAAGUUCACGCUGGUGGCCAUUCCCGGCUCGCUCGCCCUGCUGUUUGUGGUCCUGCCCGUGUACGCCAGCGUCGCGCCGCACGUCGGCGUCUCCAAGGAGUACUGGGGCGUGGUUCCGAAGAUAUUCGGCUCGCUCGUUUAUUGGAUGACUAUAUUAAUUGUGCCCAUGCUCUGUCUGCUCCGCGACCUGUUGUGGAAGUACUACAAACGCACCUGGAACCCGGAAUUCUACCACAAAGUGCAAAAAAUCCAGAAAUACCAAAUCCAGGAUCACAAGCCGCGGUUCUCCUCGUUCCAGAAAACCAUCCGCAAGGUCAGACAGGUGCACCGCAUGCGCAAGCAGCGCGGAUUUGCUUUUUCGCAGGACGAGGGUCAGGAGAACAUCAUCCGCAAGUACGACACCACCAAACGUCGUGGCACCUACGGCGAGCUCGACUAGACCGACAGGUUGCGCUGUUUGCGCAACUCCUGUGCCUCCUUUAGCUGUGCGCUCUGUGUUGUUUUGGCAGUGAUCCUGUCGAGCGACUUGAUGGCCGCGACCAGCGCUGCCGUGUCGACCGGCUCACGGCGGCCCCUGCUGGGCACCUGCACCAGCCCGGCGUCCACGACGUACCCGAGCCGUUCCAGAAGCGGAGCGACGUCGUCGAGCGGGUCGAUCGUCCUCACGGUCUCCAGGCCCACCCUGCUGUACGGCUCCAAGCUCAAUUGCAAAAUUCGUGUUCGCAUCUGCGUCUUAAGGUCACGGAACACCUGUGUGACUAACUCGUGCGUCUCCUCGGCCAGCUUGUCCACCGUCUGGGAAAAACUGGUUGGCUGGCACGUCUGGUAGCUCUGAAUCAGCUGGCAGCACGCUGGGCUCACAUAGCCGCCGUAUUUGAGCAGGUUGGCGUCCUUCGUCAGCCCGACAAGCACCAAGUUGGCCGUGUACGCUGCAACAAGGCUCUGGAUGGCCGGCUGUGUUCUGCACACCGGCAGCUUGAACAGGAUCUGGAACUGUCUGUGUGCUGCCUGGUAGUGGCCCGUGUUCAUCAGCGACAUGGCGAGCGCGUAGUACGACUCGAACACGUCUUCCCUGUUCAGUUUGAGCGGGUCGAUCGCCGUAUGUCGCGCAAACAACGGCUCCAGACUAGCAAUUUCGCGGUAGCUCUUGCGGGAGUAUAGGUGCUUGAGUGUAAUAUGAUGUAAAUAAUAAAGUGUUGCAUUAAGAGACGCCGUAUCGCCCACACGGCGCACGAUCUCCACUAGAAGGGAGCCUGUGUCUUGUGACGUUUCCGUGUAUGCUUCGAGCAAGGAAUAGAAAGCUGUCAGAACGGCUCUGUUGCCGAAAACCACCAGCAAAUCCAACUCACCCAGCAACUGGGCAAUCAACGCAAUGACUUGUCCCCGGUGCGGCAGCCACGUGUCGUCCUGCUCGGACAGCACGUCGUUCUGCAGCAUUGCGGCCAGCAGCGCAGUCUUCUGCAACGUCGACCGCGCCGUGUGUAUGCGCUCUAGCACGACGGGCGGCUCGUUCUCCACCACGUACUCGUGUGCCAGCGCAUAUGUUCGUCUCCAAAGCUCGUCCACGUUGACGGCAGAGUCGUUUUCG